UGUGGAGCACACGUGGCUCCUCCCCACGUGUUUGAGUGACUGUAGCGCUGCGAUCAGCAGCAUGGCAGCGGCAAUAGCGGCCACUGCGAUAUAGACACGUGAUAGAUCACAUCGUUUCAGAUUGGCGAACUGAAAGAGAUUAAGCCAACACCAAAGAGGAUUGAAGUCCAACAUCAGCUGUUUAUUCUAGUCAUCACUAUGGCCAGUGGAGAUGAUGACGAUCCAAUUAUACAAGAGAUUGAUGUGUACCUGGCCAGAAGUCUUGUGGAUAAGCUGUAUUUAUUCCAGUACCCAGUGCGUCCUUCUUCAAUGAGCUACAAUAAUGUGACUCAUUUGACAGCCAGAAUUAAACCCCAGCAGCAAAAGGUCGAACUUGAGGUUGCCAUGGAUACCAUGAGUCCAAAUUAUUGCCGCAGUAAAGGGGAGCAGAUCGCACUGAAUGUGGAUGGCACAUCUUCUGAGGACUCCAACACUUACUCCACGAAAAAGAUGGACAAGCAAACAUUCUCAUCAAUCCAAGCAACCACAAAUACAUGCCGCUACGCUGCAGCUGUGUUUCGCAAAGGAGAGCUCCACCUCACUCCAUUGCAAGGUAUUCUUCAGAUGAGACCAAGCUUCACAUACCUGGACAAAGCUGACUCAAAACAUAGAGAAAGAGAGGCAGCCAAUGAAGCUGGAGACUCCUCUCAGGAUGAGGCAGAAGAGGAUGUUAAACAAAUCACUGUGAGGUUUUCCCGGCCUGAAUCAGAGCAGGCCCGUCAGCGGCGAAUCCAGUCUUACGAGUUCUUGCAGAAGAAACAGGCUGAAGAGCCCUGGGUCCACCUGCAUUAUAACGGUAUAAAUGAUGGGCGUUCUGAGCAUGAGCGACAGUAUCUUUACUGUCAGGCCAUGGAUACCACAGAGAACACAGAGCUGGUGAAAACGCCUAGUGAAUAUCUGUCCAUGCUUAUGCCUCCUGUGGCUGAAGAAAAAGUUGUCAAGACGAUGGGUCCUAGCAACGUACUCUCCAUGGCCCAACUGCGCACCCUCCCCCUCGGUGAUCAAGUCAAGACGCUUAUGAAGAACGUCAAGGUGAUGCCAUUUGCCAAUCUGAUGGGGCUGCUUGCAUCAGGCACAGACUCCACUGCAGUUCUUCGCUGCAUACAGCAGGUGGCGCUGCUUGUCCAGGGGAACUGGGUCGUCAAGAGUGACGUGCUGUAUCCUAAAAACACCUGCAGUUCACACAGUGGAGUUCCUGCUGAAGUGCUCUGUCGGGGUCGAGACUUUGUGUUAUGGCGAUUCACUCAAGAGCGAACCCUGGUGAGAAAAGAAGUUGCUGCUAUCAUAAAGCUGCCCCCAGAGGACGUGAAGGAUUUCUUGGAGCAGAUGUCUGCCCCUAGAUUAAAUAGAGGCUGGGAAUUCCUGUUGCCCACCGACCAUGACUUCAACAGAAAGCACCCUGAUGUGGCUCAAAGACAACAGAUGCUUUGGCUAGGCAUUCAGUCUAAGUUGGAAAAAGUUUUUAACUUCUCAAAAGAAGACUUCAUGCCUAAAAAGGAUGCUCGGAUAGAGCCCGUUCACGUGAGUGGAGAACAGCGUCUCAAAGCUGCCAAGGACAGUGCUCGGCAGAAACACACCACUAUGCAGAAGGAAUUGGAUGCUCAUAGACUGAAUGCCUCCAGCCUCCCUGAGGCCUCAAGUGCAGACUACACCCCAAUGCAAGUCAAACAGGAGCCCAUGAGUGACUCUGAAGAGCCCAUGGACACCUCUCUCACAAAUGGCUCCAAUGGUUACCCGAACUCUACCUCUCCAGUCACAGACCCUCAUAAUGGACAUGGGGUCAGCAAUGCACCCACACCUGAGCUCCAGCUUUUUGUGCGAAACACUUUCCUUAAGCAUUAUGUGCUGUGUCUGAGUGAACUGAAGAGGCUAUUUAAUUUACAUCUGGCCAGCUUGUCCACGGGUCACUCCGUUUACGGCCAUGUGACAGACCGUAAGCUGCAGGACACCAUCCUCCUGAGUCGGUGCAAACAGAUCCUGGUGCCUUUUCCCCCUCAGAGCAGUGCCACCACAGAGGAGCAGAAAGUGUUCGGCCUGUGGGAGAGUGGAGAAACCUUUGACAAGCACCGUCAGGUUCUAUUUGAGAUCUUCAUGAAGAACUAUCGUGUCAGGAGAAAUGUGAUCCAGUCUCGUCUUACACAGGAACUCGGUGAUGCUGUCACCAAAACAGAUUUGGAUAGACUGCUCAAGGAAUGCUGUACAAGCUUAGGAGGGAUGUGGUACCUGAAGGGUACUGUGCACUCCUGACAGGAAGAGCAGGAGCCCCGGGGAUCACGUCAAUAAACUCAACUCCCUCAAGUCUAGUGAGAGUAAACUUUGCACAGGGAGGCGGAGCAGACACAUGAACCAAUCACUGCCCUCAGCACAUGAAGACUGGGGCAGGGGAUGUCCAUCCACUAUUUUGCAGAAUCUGUGUAAGUUAACCCUUCGGAAUGCAAAAACUAGUGUACUCGUGACCACGUCUGGUCCGAACACAUUACCAUCUCAGAAAAAGGGCCGAAGAUCUGUUUGAUCCUGUGCAAGUGUUCCAGGAAAAAUUAAGCCCUAGGAGAUGUUGUAUGCUGAAUGCAUACCUGGACUUUCAAUCAAUUGGGUUUUCUUUUGGUUCAGUUUUUUAUGACCUAUUAUGAAAGGAGAUAUUACUAAUAAAGAUAGGAGGAGAUAAUGGUUCAUAUUAUUUUGUCCUGUUUGUGGCCUUUGGGAGCUUCCUGUCAGAUUUUUGCCUUGUCUAGGAUCUUUAGUUGACUGAAAAAAGGAUGUUUUUGUUUAAUAACUUUCCUUGAUUUUAUUGCAUUUUGUUUUUCUUGAAUUGCUUUUUUUUUUGCCCCACAUUGAAGCACGAGUACUGUAACCAAAAGAAGUAGAGGACGCAAAUACAGGAUACUAACAGAUUUGAAAGAGCACUAGAUCAUGUCAAAUAAAUUCUCUG